AGAAGCCGUGAACUUGGAACAAAUGAUUGUAUGUUCGUCUUCUUCAACUACACACAUAUAGAUACGUAACUAUUUGUAUGGAUGCAUCCAGCGACUAAUUAAUAAUCGUCACUCAAAUUUACUCAACUUUGCAGGCCGAUUUUGACUUAUGUCUUAGUUUGACCAGAAUAUUUUGGCUCAACAGAUCGAUGCUGCAGAUUGGAUUUUGAAGAAACUUAUUGGGUUUUUUGGAUUGUGUGGUUUUGAUUUGUUACAUGAGUGAUUGAUUAUGUUUUGGGGUGAACGGUUGAAGACAAUGCGUAGUGGUUAUUGAAUAAUUGAGGAUAAGAAGCGAAUAUUAAGAUGAUGUCGAAUUCGAAGGUAGUGUAUGAAGGGUGGAUGGUGCGGUAUGGGAGGAGGAAGAUCGGGAGAUCUUUCAUACAUAUGCGGUAUUUUGUGCUUGAGUCGAGAUUGCUUGCUUAUUACAAGAGGAAACCUCAAGAUAAUGUGGUUCCAAUCAAGACAUUGGUUAUUGACGGCAACUGUAGAGUGGAGGACCGAGGCUUAAAAACCCAACAAGGACUUAUGGUGUACGUAUUGUCUAUUUACAACAAGAAAGAGAAAUACCAUCGGGUUACGAUGGCGGCUUUCAAUAUCCAGGAGGCACUUAUCUGGAAAGAAAAAAUCGAAUCUGUUAUCGAUCAGCAUCAGGAGUCUCUAACUGCCAGUGGGAAUAAAUACCAGUCUUUUGAAUAUAAAUCUGGAAUGGAUAGUGGAAGGAAUGCUUCCUCAUCAGAUCAGGAAAGUCAGUAUAGUGCUGCCGAAGAUGAAGAUGAUUUAAAUCCAAAUUUGCUCCGGAGAACGACCAUUGGGAAUGGUCCUCCUGAAUCUAUAUUGGAUUGGACGCAAGAGAGUUCAGCAUUAGCAAGCCAGAAUACCACUAAUCAGGCAAUUUCAAGGAAACACUGGCGGCUUCUUCAAUGCCAAAAUGGACUUCGUAUCUUUGAAGAGUUGCUUGAAGUUGAUUUUCUUCCAAAGAGCUGUAGUAGAGCUAUGAAGGCUACUGGUGUUGUGGAAGCCAGUUGUGAAGAAAUAUUUGAGCUUGUAAUGAGCAUGGAUGGAAGACGCUCGGAGUGGGAUAGUAGUUUCCAGGAUGGUAGCCUAGUUGAGGAGGUGGAUGGACAUACAGCUCUUCUCUAUCACAGACUUCAGCUGGAUUGGUUUCCAACGUUUGUAUGGCCACGUGAUCUUUGUUACGUGCGCUAUUGGCGCCGAAACGAUGAUGGGAGUUACGUUGUACUAUUUUGCUCAAGGGAGCAUGAGAACUGUGGUCCACAACCAGGAUAUGUCCGGGCUCAUAUAGAGAGCGGAGGGUUCAAUAUUUCUCCUUUGAAACCUCGAAAUGGGAGGCCAAGAACACAGGUUCAGCAUCUCAUGCAAAUUGAUCUGAAGGGAUGGGGUGUGGGUUAUAUUUCAUCAUUUCAGCAACAUUGUUUGCUACAAAUGUUAAAUAGUGUUGCUGGACUAAGGGAAUAUUUUGCUCAGACUGACGAAAGGACUGUUCCUCCAAGAAUUCCGGUUAUGGUUAAUAUGGCAUCAUGUUCAGUUCCUGCAAAAGACAGACAGAAAAACCAGUUGACUUCCAUUCAUGAUCGAAAUCAAUCUCUUGACAAUGCUGCAAAAUUGAUGGAUGAAUACUCAGAUGAGGAUGAAGACUUCCAAAUCCCUGAUGAAGAGGCAUAUCAUGUUGAGCAGGAGAUGAGACGGGAAGCCAUUCAUGAAGGACCUGUUUUCCAAAUUGACUUGUCCUGCUUUUCGGGCAACCUUCGACGGGAUGACAAUGAAAGUGGCCGUGACUGUUGGAGAAUAUCUGAUGGGAGCAACUUUAGAGUGCGUAGUAGGCGUUAUUGCUAUGAUAAAACAAAGAUGCCUGGAGGCAAUCCUCUUAUGGAUCUUGUUGCUGUUGAUUGGUUUAAAGACACCAAGCGAAUGGACCACGUUGCUAGGCGUCCAGGUUGUGUGGCACAAGUUGCCGCGGAAAAGGGAAAUUUUUCCAUUGUGUUCAACCUCCAAGUACCUGGUUCAACAAACUACAGCAUGGUCUUCUAUUUUGUGACCAAAGAAUUACUGCCUGGGUCUCUCUUGCAGCGUUUUGUUGAUGGUGAUGAUGAGUUCCGUAAUAGUAGGAUGAAGCUCAUACCAUCAGUUCCCAAGGGGUCGUGGAUAGUACGGCAGAGUGUUGGAAGCACCCCUUGCCUGCUGGGAAAAGCAGUUGACUGCAACUAUAUUCGUGAAGCCAAUUACUUAGAAGUUGAUGUUGACAUCGGUUCUUCUACUGUAGCUAAUGGAGUAUUGGGUCUUGUAAUCGGUGCCAUCACUAGCCUCGUUGUUGACAUGGCUUUCCUUGUACAGGCAAACACUACGGAUGAGUUGCCGGAGAGGCUAAUAGGUGCUGUUCGUGUUUCCCAUUUAGAGCUAAAGUCUGCUAUUGUUCCCACGUUGGAAUCAGAUCCACAACCAUCUCCGUCAAAGCCUUGACCUCAUCUAAAUCAAUGUACAAAGUACACAACGGAAUAUUGUCUUGAAAUCCUGCAGCAGCAGAUAUACCUGCAAACAGAGGUGCAAAUAUUAACGAUUUACUUUGGAAAGAAGAACAUCAGAAGCUGCUAGAUUGACCAGAACAGCUUCAAGUAUUCACGAUGAAGUUGUAAAAGGUGAUAUUCCUCAAAAUCUUGAUACUUGAAUAUGAUUGAACGGGGUCUUAGGCCCUCAAGUAAUUCGUUCCACCUUUGAUAUAAAUUAUCCAUUUUCAUUGGAAAAGAAUAAAGAAUGCAAAACUUUAUUAAUAGAUACAGCGUUCCAAUUCAUUUGUAGAGAUGCACAUCAAGUCCAACCUGGCCUCGCCCCACUUGUUUUUGGCCAGGCCGGAGCUAAUCUUUCACCCAGGGCGCGCUAGC